GAUAUCGAGUUCGAGGCCCCUCGACGCUCGGGCAGAGCCACAAAAUCCACCAAGACAAUGGCCGAUCCCGCAUGGGAUGAGGACAUGUACGCCCCCGAGGAAGAGAAGCUUCCGGCCGCUCCGAGGGUUUCAGGAGCUAAGGAGAUCUUUCCGCCCACGCCAGAGGGGCUUUUCAAAGACUCUCACUCCACGACUUGUGGCACAUGUGGCGGCAACGACAGGGCCCCUAACAAGGGCAUUUUUGUCUACUGUCAGGGCUGUUCCAUGGGUUACCACAAGGUCUGCCUCGGCUUCCGCAGCACUCGCGACCACCUUGUGACCAAGGUGGGCUCGAACCACUUUGUGUUGCAGUGUCGGGAUUGUGUCGGCGUGAAAAAGAAGAAAGAUAACCGCUCUCCAAGCCUUGAUGUCUGUCAAGUCUGCAAGAUCAAGGGCCGAGCUUGCGAGGCCUUCGCUCCAAAACGGACCGCCAAUGCAGAGGCGAAGCUCCGAGAAGAGAAUGGUGGCGAGGACCCCAUCACGCCUGUUGACGACAGUCUAAUCAACAAUCCAGACAAUGUCCUCUUCCGUUGCGUCAACUGUCACUGUGCCUACCACUUCGAGCAUCUGCCACCAGCCGGCGUUAAGCGCGUCGAAGGCACUGUUCGGGCUGAUCGCCUUGAUGAGUACUCAAUUGACUGGAAGUGCAAGGACUGCCUUGACAUGCGCUUCAAGAUCUCGACACUCGUGGCAUGGCGGCCAGUCAACCGCGAUACCUAUGUGUCAGGUCAGACUGUGCUUGACCUCCAGGAGGAUGACAAGGAGUACCUCAUCAAAUGGGAAUCAAAGUCCUAUGCUCACUGCGAAUGGAAGCCCGGUCCCUGGGUCUACGGCGUCACAAACGCCGCGAUGCGUAACGCAUUCCCGAAGCGCAAUGAAGGCGCAAACUUGUUGCCCAAAUUCGAUGCGAAGGAUGCCAUCCCAGAGGAAUACCUACUGGCUGAUGUGGUCUUGAACGUACGGUUUAAGGGACACUUUCAAUUCGAGUCCAAAAAGGACGACAUACGAAAGACGUAUUUGAUCGACCAAGCACUUAUCAAGUUCCAGGGACUUGACUACGCCGACGCCGUCUGGGACGAGCCUCCCGAGCUCGACUCGGGACACCGUUGGAUAGCUUUCGUCACGGCCUACUCGGAGUUCCUAAACGGAAAACACUUCAAAUCUGAGCCUGCUGCCAAUAUUAAGGAUCGCCUCAGAAAGUUCCGCGAGCUAGAUUUCCACAAAGAGGUCGAGUUUAAGGACGGUACUAACGGCAAACAAGAGCAGCCUCGUGCUCUGACGGGCACAUUGAUGAAAUAUCAGAUCCAAGGUACGAACUGGCUCCUCCACAACUUCUGGCAGCAGGUCAGUGUUGUCCUGGCAGACGAUAUGGGCCUUGGAAAGACAAUCCAGGUCAUCAGUUUGAUCUCUGCGUUGGCCCUUCAGGGCCCUCGCUGCUGGCCAUUCUUGGUCGUUGUACCCAACUCCACCUGUCCCAACUGGCGCCGGGAGAUCAAGCAGUGGGCUCCCGACCUCCGAGUUGUGACUUACCACGGCGGCAAGGAGCCCCAGAGGCUUGCGUACAAGUACGAGCUCUUUCCCAACGGCUCAAAGGAGAUGAAAGCCCACGUGGUCAUCAUGUCCUACGACUCCGCCCAGGAUCCAGAGACCAGGCUGCUCUUUAAGAGCAUACAGUGGGUUGGCCUCGUUGUAGACGAGGGUCAACGCCUCAAAAACGACGAAAACUUGUUGUACGGGGCACUUCGGGCGAUGAAGAUACCCUGGCGCCUCCUCCUUACCGGCACUCCCUUGCAAAACAACAAGCGGGAGCUCUUCAACCUGCUGCAGUUCAUUGAUCCUUCCAAGAAUGCAGCCAAGCUUGACGAGCAGUACGAAGAAGUCACUGCAGAAAAGAUUCGCGAGCUGCACGCCAUGAUUCAGCCUUUCUUCCUGCGACGGACCAAGGCAAAGACUCUCAAGUUUCUGCCCCCAAUGGCGCAGAUUAUCUUGCCUGUAUCUAUGUCGAUUGUGCAGGAGAAGCUCUGCAAGUCGAUCAUGGCGAAGAAGCCUGAACUCAUCCGAGCCAUCUUUGCCAACAGCAAACUGAAGUCCUCAGAGCGCGGCAGCCUCAACAAUAUCCUGAUCCAGCUGAGAAAGUGCUUGGGCCAUCCGUUCCUCUACAGCGGCGCCGUCGAGGACAAGAAUGUUGAUGCCGAGACAAUGCAUCGAAAUCUUGUUUCAGCCUCCUCAAAGCUCGUCCUUCUAGAGCAGAUGCUACCGAAGCUCCGGGCACAAGGCCACCGCGUUCUGUUGUUCAGUCAGUUUCUCGGUAUGUUGGACAUUGUGGAGGACUUCCUGAGCGGUAUGAAUCUCAAGUACCAACGUCUCGAUGGGAGCAUCUCAAGUCUUGAGAAGCAGAAGCGGAUUGACGCCUUCAACGAGCCCGGCUCUGAGGAUUUCGCAUUCCUCCUGUCGACCCGUGCUGGGGGCGUGGGUAUCAAUCUGGCGACUGCAGACACCGUCAUCAUCCUCGAUCCUGAUUUCAACCCGCACCAGGACCUCCAGGCUUUGUCGCGAGCCCACAGGAUUGGACAGAAGAACAAAGUGCUCUGCUUCCAGCUGAUGACGAAGGGCAGCGUCGAGGAGAAGAUCAUGCAGAUCGGCCGGAAGAAGAUGGCACUGGAUCAUGCGCUGAUUGAGACCAUGGAUCGAGAGGAGGACCAGCCAGUCGACGACCUGGAAACCAUCUUGAAGCACGGCGCCGAGGCCCUGUUUAGUGGCAACGAUAAGGAGGCUAUUAAAUAUGACGCUGAAGCCAUCGACAAGUUGCUUGACAGGUCGCAGAUUGAGGACAACAAGACCUCAGAUGAUGACCAAGGCGGUUCCGAGGAGAAGCAGUUUGCGUACGCAAAGGUUUGGGAGAAUAAGACCGGUGGUCUCGCUGACAACAUCGAGGCCGAGGAAACCCCUCAAUUGAGCGUCAGCGUCUGGGACAAGAUACUCAAGGAGCGAGAGGAUGAGGCCAAGCGCCUGGCCAAGUUGAACAAGGAGGUACUCGGUCGCGGUGGCAGACGACGCCAGGUA